CACGAAGCCGCCAUAUUGGUGUUGUUCUGUGCGCCACCGGUCGACAGAACAAGGAAUCUCUCCUCCGUUGUGGUCUGUCCUCCAUGAAAGUGACUGAUUCAUGCCGUCCAUAUCAACAGUGGAUAUUGUAGUAUAGGAAUGCCAUCUGAUUGCCUUUGCUGUUACAAUGAAAUUGAAUGGUAGUACAAGGAUGGACUCCAACAAUGCAGACAUGGAGACCUCUAAUGAUGAACUAGCUACUAAAAAGCCAAAUGGCAAUCAUGUAGCCGACAACAUGAAAGAUCCAGAUAUCGGGCUACCAAAUGGUGUCACAAAUUUGAAAAAAGUUGACUCAGAAAAAUGUUCAUCGAUUGAUAACGAUAAUGAAUCUGAAAGAUCACCCCCUACGCUUGAGAAAGAAUCUGAUUCUGAUGAGUUUAUGGAUUGUGAGGAUGGAUUAGAGAGAUCAAAUGGUGAAACAAAGCCUGAUGAAGGUGAAGCACAUGAUGUUGAUAAUGAUGUUGAAAAAGGUCAAUGUGAUAGCCAUGAUGAGAUCAUGGACACAGAUGAAUCGCCACCAAAAAAUCUAACAAAUGGUAAUAAUAUGGGUGAUGGGGAUUCAAGUUGUGACUUUAAAAAUCUUGAUGCAUCAGAACAGUCUAAGGACCAUAAAUCUAGUGACAAUGAAGUAACUGAAGAAUCAAAAUCACCUGUAACCAAAGACAUUAAGGGUACACCAGAUAAAAGUGCUAACCCCUCUAGAGCAGCCACCCCUAGUACGGAGUCUGGGGACAACGCAGCAUCAUUGUCUGAGGAGGAUGUACCUUUGAACUCUCGUUUGGCAACCAGUUCACCUGUAGUGGACUCUGCAAGCACUACCCCUGCUCAGUCUCGAAGUGCCACGCCUAAAGUUGGAGGUUCUGACUCUAAAAUGAUUGUUAUCAGUAGCCCUGAAUCUAAAAAAGAUGUGAAAGACAGUGAAUCAACGACCAAGAAAGAGGAAACUAAACUUGCUGAAAAAGCAGGAACCAAAGAAAAGGUCCCAAGAAAAAGAGUUGUGAAGAAGAAUGUAUUUGAUGAACAGGUGACACCUAAAGGGGGUGAUGGUUCUGAAAAUUUGCGGCCAAUGUCCAAGAUACUAUAUGGAAUAGGAUUGGACCUUUGUCGAGAGGUGACAUUUAAGGAAUUGAUAGGCAUUCAAGAGCGAAAGAAACGUAAGGGAGUUCUAGAGGAGACUGAGCUUGAACAGUUGGACCGUUUGAAACAAGGUCAUGACCAACUGGUUGAUAAAAACAACAUGUACAAAUUGAAACAGACCAAGAAAUGUAUAGCAUGUGAUUUCAAAACAGAUGUACAUUUGUCAUUAGAGGAUCAUUUAGAUUACCCCCAUAUUGUACGCUAUAAACAUUUCUGCUCGUUCUGUGAAUUUUCUGGAGCUACCGAGGCACAGUGGAUGUUCCACAUGGAGGCUGAGCAUACUAGAAAGGGGAAGAUACACCCUGUAGAACCUGCUAAUAGGUGUAAAUAUUGUGAUUGGACUAAUGCUAAUCAGUAUAAAAUGGCCCAGCAUAAACAAGGGUGUGCUAAGAAGUUCAAUAGUUCACGUAACCAGGUUCCAGCAAUGAUGGAGUUUGAUAUCCCACUGUUUAUGCCUCCGGGAGGGUUGAAACCUCUCCCAGCUCCGCCACCACCUAAAGUUAUAGCACCCUCUGCCCCUCCAAGGCCUAUCCAACAGGGAGUCUCACUUGUAAGGAAUGCAGUGGCUAAUCCACAGAGGUUCACAACGUUCUCUAAUGCUUCAGCAACAGGAGCAACUGUAGCUAGACCUAAUAUACUUGCUAGGCAGUCCCAACAGGUGAUCUAUAACCCACAAAACAAUACUUACUUUCAACCAAUGCAGCCAUAUGUGCUUCAAGUCUCAACUCCAAGCGCUCCACUCCUGGUCAGCUCACCUGCACCUAGCUUAGUGUCAGCUGGGCUCCGUCCUGUCACCCCAUUGGUCACCCCGGCCCAGACAGCCACCACCCUGCAGGUAGUAAACCCAAGUCCUACCCCUACAGCAUCCCAGGGACUUGAAGUAUGUGAAAUUUGUGGCGGGUUCAUCAAAGAUCGGGAAUCUUUACGCGUGCAUUUCUUCUGGGCUCAUCAAGUGGAUAUCCAUAAAGAUUUGUUCAAUCAACGCCAGGCUCAUCUUAACUGUGAGCAUUGCAACCAACGGUUUUGGACCUUCCAGGGUUUGACACGUCACAGACAACUCAGUGGCCAUGGUAAAGAUGGAGCACCCAGUGCUGCUGCUACCCCUGCCCCCAUUGCCAAGCUAAAUGAGCCGACUAUGACGUGUUAUAUCUGUAAUAGAAACAAGAUUCCCAAUCGCCUCUUUUCGAAGCAUUUGGAACAGGUCCACAAGAUCUCCUUAUUAGGUAUGCUUCAGAAAUGCAGUUGUAUGGUAUGCGGUAAGAAGUUUACAACUCCAGAUUUGACCAAGAAUCAUAUCUUAAUGACCCAUGGAGCUAUAUUCAAAGUAAGCGAUUUCGAUGCAAAUGUCCCUUGUGUUGAUGGCAAGAGAAUACCCUGUUUACCUUGUAAUAUGAGCUUCCCCAACAUGGUCACAUAUAGCCAACAUAUAGCUUCAGUACAUCAAAAGAAAUGUAACAUGUGCACAUACACAUGCAGCACAAUGGAAAACCUUAAGAAGCACACCAGAGAAGCACAUGGGACUUACGUGAAAUGUCAAAUCUGUAAGAAGAGUUUACUCGCAGGCCAGGAACACAAUGCCCAUGUACAAAAUAAGCAUUUAAGGACCAUGAAAAUCAAAUUGAAACGAUUGAACUCUUCCGAUCUUCGUAAAUGGAAACGGCCAAGGUCGCAUUCGGAUGAACCUAUUGUUGUUGAAAAUUAGAAAAUAUACAAACAGUGAAUAAUAGAAAUAUACAAACAUUUAUAUGCAUGCAAUUAACAAAUUGGAUACUAAUUAAGUUAAGUACUGAGGGAUAGGAAAUUGAUCAUUUUAUAUAUUUUGUAUAUUCUGAAAAGUGAUAACUGACAAUGUCAAAUUAAUGUGAGGCAAUUGAUUAUCAUAUCUUGUGAACACCUUGAGGGGAUACGUGAAAUACCACAAUCAUGGGUUUUUAUCGGAGUAUCUGUUUAGUUUCGUAGAUAAAUACUGUGCAAUAGCUUAGCCCUAGUAUUGUAACAUUUAAGUGUUUGCAGGGGCAAAACAAAUGAAAAAACAGAGAUUAGAGAUAAUAAUUUCAACAGUGAAACAUUUGCAAGAUACAACAAGUAUCAUUGUUUGUUUUUACGUGAAAAUCUGACUGGCCUUAAGGUCAGGGUGCACUUUGAUGAAAUUUCAUGACCAUGUGCUAU